GAGUGUGUCCACGAUUGUGUGUGGGUCCUUGAACAUGCUGAGUCAGAUCAAAAGUGUUCAAAACAGGUUAACAAGGAGGUUAAGAGUAACUGGGCAACUAACAAGAUUAACAUGGGGAAAACUGAAGUGAACACAGAGAAUACAAGGAAAACACAUCAGUACAAGGACAGGCCAACCAGGACCAUGUCAUGGCUCCCUUCUAGGAGAAGAUUCCAGAUGAUCCUCAGAGGAAGACACAAAACAAGAGUGAGUUCAACAAGCUGGAGGUGUUACAGUGGACAAGGGUGAUGGGGGAGAGGCAGGUAAAUGAAACCAUGACAGGGUACAGGACAGAUGGGGAGUGGGAAACUGACAGACAGGUGAACAGGAAGGAGGACAAAGCCAAGGCAGGGACUACUGGACAGUAAACCAGGGCAGAUCCUGUGGAUCAGGAUAAACAGCUGGAGCACGGAGAUAUAAUGUGUCCUUAAAUUUUGCAUUCACAGGUGAGGCAGUCCUUAUCACUGGCACUUCUAAAUAGAUGUAUUUAUUUUCUAUAUUUCUGUAUCUCUGUUUGCUUUUAUUUGUCUGUUGAUAUGCAGCUUUUAAAUGUGCUAAAGGAAAUUAUUAUUAUUUAGUUUGUUCAUGUGUUUUAUUGUCUGUCAUCUGUGGACCUUUGUGUAUGAUCUUCUCGUCUUUUGAUAAAAAUAUUUCUUCAUCUAUUCAGACAUCUGAAGGAAGCCAUUUACUUUUGUUGCAUAAACCUAAAUCCUAUUAAAAGCUAAAAUCACCAGAUGUGCUCACUAAUUAGUGAAGUUAAACCAGUCACUACAUUCAUACAUGCUUCAGACUAUUAAACACUCCAGAUCAACACAUACAUAUUGUGUUUGUUCUCUACACAGGCUACAGUGCUGUAAACUCACUGUUCGGUCCUGUGAGAGUUUGUCUUCAGCUCUACAAUCGUCAAACUGUGUUCUGAGAGAGCUGGACCUGAGUAACAAUGACCUGCAGGAUUCAAGAGUGAAGCUUCUCUCUGAUGGACUGAAGAGUCAACACUGUAAACUGGAGACACUGAGGCUACAGUGCUGUAAACUCACUGUUCAGUGCUGUGAGAGUUUGUCUUCAGCUCUUCAAUCCUCAAACUGUGUCCUGAGAGAGCUGAACCUGAGUAACAAUGACCUGCAGGAUUCAGGAGUGAAGCUUCUCUCUGAUGGACUGAAGAGUCAACACUGUAAACUGGAGACACUGAGAUUGUCUGGCUGUAUGGUGACAGAGGAAGGCUGUGGUUUUCUGUCUUCAGCUCUGACUUCAAACCCCUCACACCUGAGAGAGCUGGAUCUAAGCUACAAUCAUCCAGGAGAUUCAGGAGUCAAGCUGCUCUCUGAACAACUGGAGGAUCCAAACUACACACUGGACAAACUCAAUCUGGAUCAUGGAGGAGACGCGAGGAUUACAGCAGGACUGCACAAAUAUGUCUGUUUCCUCACACUGGAUCCAAACACAGCACACACUCAACUCAUUCUGUCUGAGGAGAACAGAGAGGUGAAGCGUGUGAGAGAGAAACAGCCGUAUCCUGAUCAUCCAGACAGAUUUAAUUAUUGUCCUCAGGUGUUGUGCAGAGAGAGUGUGUGUGGACGCUGUUACUGGGAGACUGACUGGAGUGGAGAUGAUGUGGAAAUAUCAGUGUCAUAUAAGAGCAUCAGGAGGAAGGGAACAGGUGAUGAGUGUGUGUUUGGAUCUAAUGCUCAGUCCUGGAGUUUGCUCUGCUCUUCCACCAGUUUCUCAUUCAUACACAAUAACACACACACUCGUCUCCCAGUAGAGCCGCUCAGCAGGAGAAUAGGAGUGUUUGUGGAUCACAGUGCAGGAACUCUGAUCUUCUACAACAUCUAUAGAGACACAAUGAGCCUCAUCCACUCAGUCCAGACCACAUUCACUGAGCCGCUCUGGCCUGGGUUUAGGAUUUAUCCUGGAUCAUCAGUGAAACUGAGCUGAAGACUGACGAGAGAUUUACCCACAAUCCUCUGCAGGAGUAGUCAGCAGCUGUGUGUGUGUGUGUGAGAGAGAGAGAGAGAGAGAGUGUGUGUGUGUGUGUGUGUGUGAGAGAGAAGAGAGUGUGUGCGUGUGAGAGAGAGAGAGAGAGUGUGUGUGUGUGUGAGUGAGAGAGAGAAAGUGUGUGUGUGUGUGUGUGUGUGUGUGUGUGUGUGUGUGUGUGUGUGUGUGUGUGUGUGUGACUAAGAGGAAACGUGUGCUCAUCAUUCAUGUAUAUUUCAUGUUUCAAGUUUUUUUUCAUCAUGUUGCUUUUGUUAAACUUGGUUAUUCGUUGUGUACUAGUUGUUGCACAAGUUUAUGUAUGUUAUUUCGUGUUCCUUUUAUCAUACUAAAAAAAUAGC